CAGAGACACACACACACACACAGACACACACAGACGGACACACGGACCUGCUGCUGCGGGGAACAGAUGAGACGUGUGAUACGUGCUGUAGGCCAUGAGAGGGACGAGCCUUGUUUCCAUAGUUUCAACCAUCAUCUCCUCAGAGGGUUGUGAUGUCACAGCUGCUCCUCCUCCUCCUCCUCCUCCUCCUCUCCCUCCUCUUCCUUGUUUUAACUGUUGAGCGAUGAGUCACCAUCUCAACAUCUCCAUGAUUCUUGCUCUGUGAGGUGUUUUCUCCUGACCGACUCUGGAACCAUCUGAGCUGCUGGAAGGAAUCGAGCGUGAGCAGCGAGCCGACAUGUUAGAGGAGUGAGGUCGAGCAGGGACGUUACCUCCACCUCCCUCACAUCCCUACUCCUCGACCUGAGCAGGGAACUCAGCUCAGGCAGCAGAGCACCCAGUGCUGACCACAGUGAUGAUGGGAGCCCCUGCCCUCUGUGCCGUGCUGCUAACGUUCAUCUGUCACAGCCGCGGCCUGGAAGUACAACGCCCCCCCCGGUACUGGUCCAAAAGGUCUCAGGAGAACAUCCUGUCCGAUCCCAGCGACUGUGCGUCCAGGACCAAGCAGCAGCCGGCGAUAACCAACCCUCACAACUUCUCUGUGGACCUCCGGAUGCCUGGUGUGAUCCCGGCCCGGCCGGACACUUACCUGUGCAUGGCGUUUCCUGUGCCAACUGGUCGAGAUGCAUAUAUUGUGGACUUCAUCCCUCAUGCCAGUAUGGACACAGUCCAUCACAUGCUGCUGUUUGGCUGUCAGACUCCCGUCUCCAGCAGCAGCUACUGGGACUGUGGCAGCGUCCAGGGCACGUGUGAGGACGAGGCCUCCAUCAUGUACGCCUGGGCUCGGAACGCCCCUCCGACCAAGUUACCCAAAGACGUUGGUUUUAAAGUUGGGCGGAGUUCAGGAAUGUCUUACUUUGUGCUGCAGAUCCAUUACGGAGACGUCGCUGCUUUCAGGGACCAUCAUAGAGACUGCUCAGGACUCUCAUUAAGAAUGACGUCCAAGCCGCAGCCGUUCAUCGCAGGGAUAUACCUGCUCAUGGCCGUGGACACCGUCAUCCUGCCUGGAAAGAGAGUGACCGAUGCAGACGUGGCCUGUGACUACUCCUCAUAUCCCAUCUACCCGUUUGCCUUCCGGACGCACACACAUCGACUCGGUAAAGUGGUCAGCGGCUACAGGAUCCGGAACGGGAAGUGGAGCCUGAUUGGACGACAGUCCCCCCAGUUACCACAGGCUUUUUACCAGGCCAACGCGGAGGUGGACGUGAAGUACGGUGACACCGUCGCUGCCAGAUGUGUUUUCACUGGUGAGGGCAGAACCUCCAAAACCUACAUCGGAGGCACCUCUGAUGAUGAGAUGUGCAACUUCUACUUAAUGUUCUACAUGGAAAGCAAACAUGCCAUCCCCUACAUGAGCUGCAUGGAGACGGGCUCCAAGGAGCUGUUUCAACACAUUCCAGCCGAGGCCAACGUUCCCAUCGCCGUCGCUCCAGACCACUCAAUGAUGCAUAUGGGGAAAUCAGCAGAUGAUCAAGAUGACAGAUCUGUGAUGGAUGCAAACCAAGCAGGGCAGACUCUGGAUCAGGAUCAUCUGGAGCUUGUGUCGCCAUGGCCUCAAAGUUCCCUGCAGCUCGGUCAGGUGUCGGGACUCGCCCUGGACUCAGACUCUAAUCUGGUCAUCUUCCACAGAGGGGACCACCACUGGGGGGCAGACUCCUUCAACAGCCAGGCCAGAUACCAGCAGAGGGCUCUGGGUCCCAUCCAGCAGUCCACCAUCUUGGUUGUGGAUCCAGGCAAAGGCAACAUCCUGAAGGCUUCAGGCAGAAACAUGUUCUAUAUGCCUCAUGGAAUAACGACAGACAAAGAGAAUAACUACUGGGUCACUGACGUGGCUCUUCAUCAGGUGCUGAAGGUGAGCGGAGAUGGCGGAGACAGAACGUUGCUGACGAUAGGAGAAGCCUUCAUACCAGGAAGUGACAGCAGCCACUUGUGUCAGCCCACUGACGUCGCUGUGGACACGCACACAGGAAACAUCUUCGUGUCUGACGGAUACUGUAACUCCAGGAUCCUGAAGUUCUCCGCUGACGGCAAAUACCUGUCUGAGUGGGGUGCAGGUUCUUCUGACAGGAGGAGGCGUGUGGCCUUCAAGGUUCCUCACAGCCUGGUGUUCCUCCCUGACCGGCGGGAGGUGUGUGUUGCUGACAGAGAGAACGGGCGGAUCCAGUGCUUCAUCGCGGAAACAGGAGAGUUCGUUAAAGAAAUAAAGAAGGAGGAGUUCGGGGGGGAAGUGUUUGCCAUCAGCUACAGUCCUGCAGGAGAUGGCUUGAUCUUUGCAGUAAAUGGACAGUCUCCGUAUCGCUCGGCUCCACUCAGAGGUUUUGUCAUAAAUUAUUCAACCAAGGAUAUUCUGGACACGUUCAGCCCUAAGACAGAGGAGUUCAUGAUGCCUCAUGACAUCGUUGAGACACGGGACGGAAGCGUGUUUGUUGGAGACGCAGGAAGUAAAUCAGUCUUCAAGUUCACCAGCGAGAAGUUCCACCGCUCUGUGAAGAAAGCUGGCAUCGAGGUUCAGGAGCUCGAAGAGAUGGAGACGUUUGUUCAGACGAAGCUGAGACCUGAACCCAACACGCUGAAGACGGCGCUCGUCAAGGAGAAGCAAACCCUCGCUCAGCAGCCUCAAGUGCAGAAAGAGACGGAGGAGGAGGAGGAGGAGGAGAAGAAGAAGAGUGUGGUGAAGACAAAGAGAGGAGAGGGGGUUCUCCCUGCCGUCCUCACCACGCUGCUGCUCGUCCCGCUGCUGCUCGUCAUAUCCACCGGAGUCUUCAUCUGCUGGAGGAGAAACCAUCCCGGGGAUGUGAAGGGGGAACCCAGCUCCGUGGGAGGGAUCCUGGGGAGAAUACGAGGGAAAGCCGUCGGCAGUCUGAAUCUGGGGAACUUCUUUGCGUCUCAUAAAGGUUACAGCCGUCAGGGCUUCGACCAGCUGAGCACCGAGGGCAGCGACCAGGAGCGGAACGGAGAGGACAGCAGCGACUCGGAGAACGAGGAGUACUCCGCCCUGCCGCCGCCCGGGGCCGCGUCCUAG